AUGCAACCUGAGGGUUAUGAAAAGAAAGGAGAAGAAGGAAAGGUGUAUAAGCUUAACAAAGCGCUAUAUGGAUUAAGGCAAGCUCCACGGGCGUGGAACAAUAAACUAAACCAGAUACUCUGCGAGCUUCAAUUUAAAAAGUGCUCUAAGGAGCCUUCGGUGUAUCGCAAGUUAGAAGAAGGAGAGCUAUUAAUCGUUGCAGUUUACGUGGGUGAUCUGUUCGUGACUGGUACUAACCGAAAGAUGAUCAAGGAGUUCAAGGAUAAUAUGUCAAGCAAGUUCGACAUGAGUGAUUUAGGCAAGCUUACUUAUUAUCUUGGCAUAGAAGUGUGCCAAUACGAGAAUGGGAUUUCAUUAGUACAAAGAAGCUAUGCAUCGAAGAUUUUAGAAGAAGAUGGAAUGGACAAAUGCAAUCCUGUCCAAACUCCGAUGGAACUCGGUCUAAAGUUGUCAAAAGCAGAACACGAGAAAGAGAUUGACGCGACAAGAUUCAGAAGGAACAUAGGAUGCCUACGUUACCUUCUUCACACGCGACCUGACUUAUCCUAUAGUGUUGGAGUUCUUUCAAGAUUCAUGCAGAGUCCAAGAGAAUCACAUGGUGCCGCAAUGAAACAAGUGCUAAGAUAUCUACGGGGAAGUAUUUCGUAUGGUCUAACGUUCGAGAGGAGUUCACUCAAGGUUCCAAAGCUUAUAGGGUACAGAGACAGUAGCUAUGAGUCUGAUCCAGACGAUGGGAAAAGCACGACAGGCCAUAUAUUCUAUCUUGGAGAGAGUCCAAUCACGUGGAGCUCACAAAAGCAAGACACGGUGGCUCUAUCAUCCUGCGAAGCCGAAUUCAUGGCAGGAACAGAGGCUGCAAGACAGGCCAUUUGGUUACAAGACCUAUUAAGUGAGAUCAUGGAUCAACCGAGCGAGAGAGUCACCAUUCUAAUCGAUAACCAGUCUGCAAUUGCGUUAACAAGAAACCUGAUAGCAGUCGAGCACGUUCCCGGUGAGAAGCAGAAGGCGGAUAUCUUGACAAAAGCAUUGGGAAGAAUCAAGUUCAAAGAGAUGAGAGAGUUCAUUGAUCAUCACCAAGAAUCAGAAGUUGCCACUGAACGACCUGAACCUGGAGCAUAA